AUGCGGACUGCGAAACACAUAUCCAGUACAGCUGCAGCUCUGCGAACGGUUUUUCUUUCCCAAUUCGAGACCCGCUCUCUUCAAUUUUCUGCGCGACAAUGGCCAGCCCAAAGCAAUCAACAUCGUUCUAAUCCAUUCUCAACGACCACUCGCCGCAGUGUCUAUGUUGUAACGCCCAGAGAUGCUCCAAUCAAAUCGCGCAAUGCGAAGAAUGAAGAGAUUACAUCUUAUGAAUGUGUGGUGGUGAUGCCAGACGGCACAAUGAGCGAUGUACAAUCCACAUCCCGCGUCCUCGAUUCAGUCGACCGGCGAACCGAAUACCUUAUAACCGUUUCCGAAGUCCCUGACCCGCGAGAAGCACCACCAAGAGACGAUUCCCCAUACAGCUCCUCCCGGUAUGAUGCGGAGCACACCAGCAGGUUGCCCCUGGUAAAAAUCGUCAACAAGGCAGAGCAAUACAAGAAAGAGAAAGAGGCGAAGAAGAAGAGGAAAGAACAGAGUGCUAGUAAAGUACGCAAGACUAUAGAGAUGAAUUGGGCGAUUGAAAAAGGCGAUGAGGGUCAUCGAAUGGAGACUUUGAGGAAGUUUUUGGCGAAGGGUAAUAAGGUUGAUGUGGUGCUGGCGAAGAAGAGGAAGGGGAAAGAGGCCACGACGGAGGCGGCAAAUGCGUUGGUUCAGAGGAUUCGGAAGGUCAUUCAGACUGAAGGGAAGGGUUGGAAGGAGGGGAAACCGGCGGAGGGGAAGAUUGGGGGCACAUUUACUCUCUAUGCGGAAGGGAAGGCCGAGAAAUCUGCUCAAUCUGAUCAACCAGAGGACGGCGAGGACGGUGAGAAUUCCGAGAAAUCAGUGACGCCCGAGAAAUAA